UACACGAUUAGAGUUUUUUUAAAUCGUGUCACUCACUCGAGGUUCCUUAGUUUCCUUUGCGAUGUUUAAUUCGUUUAUUUGCAGUGAAUUUAUUUCACUUAUCUGUCUGGUGGUUCAUAUCACUUCUGUUGCCACAACAAAUAAUGUUGUUGCAGACACUAAACAAGGCAAAGUGAAGGGAGUGCGACAAGAAGUCGAGGUAGACAACAAGCAGAAAAAAAUUGUUUACAAGUUCCUCGGCGUUCCUUACGCUCAAAAACCAAUUGGCGAUCUUCGCUUCAAGCCUCCACAAGCUCUUUCCGCUCGAAGAUCAAGUGAUUAUGAGGCCACUUCUCUACCACUAAUCUGUAUACAAGCUAAUCACUACUUUGAUUCUAUCAAAGGGGCAUGGCCUGAGUUUGAUCCAACAAAGGAUAUGAGCGAAGACUGCCUGUACCUGAACAUCUACACCCCAUCAAUAAAAUCCUGCAAGAAAAAGUACCCAGUUAUCUUUUAUAUCCACGGAGGAAGCUAUUUCGCAGGUACCCCUACUCGUGAUAUAUCACCAGGCGAGUAUUUGCCCACACGCGAUGUUGUUCUUGUCACCAUCCAGUAUCGACUUGGACCAUUUGGGUUCUUCACUACUGGGGACUCAGAAGCACCUGGAAAUGUUGGUCUUCUUGACCAGGUAGAGGCCCUCAAGUGGGUUCAACAAAACAUCGAGGGCUUUUGUGGCGACAAAAAUAGCGUGACUCUCCUUGGUGAAAGCGCAGGAGGAUCUAGUGUGGGAUUACACUACUUAUCACCCUUGUCUAGAGGACUGUUUCAUCGAGGUAUUGCAGUAAGCGGUGUGGAAUUCUCUCCCUUUGCCUUCAAACCAAAGUCUACAGUUUUAGAAGCAAGCAAUAAUUUGAUUGAGAAGGUCAAUUGUAGAAAACAAAGCCUUCGAGAAACAGUUGGUUGCCUAAAAUCAAUUCCGAGCGCCACUGUCUUUGAGAAUUCCAUAUAUUGGCUGAUGCAGCCGUUUGUUGACCAACACUUUCUCCCUGACGAUCCUAAAACACUGAGAAAAGAAGGAAGAUUCCAGAAACUCCCUUUAAUGUCGGGUUUUACUAGCCAAGAUGCUUCUUUCGUAAUAGAAACGUCGGUGACUGGAAAUUAUAGUACUCCCAAACUUAGAGAGUUUUUAGAUGACCAUUUUCAGCGUUUUAUUGGGUAUGCAAAGGAGGAGGCCAAAGAUGCUUACAAUGCACUAGUGGCCAAGUACGAACUUAACGUUGAAGACACCAGCGAACUCCGUCAGAACCUCAUCGAUAUGUUGUCUGACUACUAUAUGAAAGCGCCAACCCAUGCUGUCCUGAGUUUCCAUAGUGAUAAAGGAGCCUCUACUUUCAUGUUUGAGUUCGCUUAUCGCUCUAAACUCCAUCCAAAGCCUGAAUGGAUGGGCGUCGUCCACGAAGAUACGACGGCCUACAAGUUUGGUCUUCCACUUCUGAACUCCAAGACAGGACUAAAGUUUGACAAGAGAGAUCAAAAAGUUAGCGACGUCGUGGUAACUAUGUUUACCAAUUUCGCCAAAUUUGGCAACCCGACCCCCAUUCCUGUGCGUGGUGCUAAAUGGGACCCUUUUGACUCGUCCAAGAAGGCUUACCUGAAAAUCAGGAAGAAUCCUGUCAUGAAAAACAACUACCGUCCACGUAGAAUGAACUUCUGGAAUAGCGAGUUUCCGUCCCUGCUUCCAAAAGGUUCCAAGAAAGAACACAUAUCAAGUGGUGAUGCUGUUAAGAAGCGUGGCAAACCUAACUUUGAACCAUUAUUGUGGUGAGAAAAAUGGUUAUGUCUUCCACAACCUUUCUGCGAUCCAUCCAUGCACACUUCUAGGCUUUGAUUGAGUUGUAAAUGUAUACCUAAAUUUUAGGAUAAAACUUUGAUUGUAAA